AUGUCUCGUGAGGUGUCGGGGAAAAUUAUUGUCAUCACGGGCGCCGCGACCGGGCUCGGCCAUGGCAUGGCUGAUAAUUUUCUUCAAAAAGGAGCGAAAACAGUAAUAGUUCUGGACAUCAAUGAAAAGAAAGGACAAGAAGCUGUUUCAUCCUUCAACAAGAAAUACGGGAAUAACCGAGCAGUGUUCAUAAAGUGCAAUGUGUGUACGGAUCUAGAGGAAGUUUUUGACAAGAUAGUAAAAGAUUACAGUGACGUCGACUGUCUAAUCAACAAUGCUGGGAUCUUCGAUGAGAAUAAUUUAGAAGGAACCAUCGGCGUAAACGUCACGGCAUUGAUCAAGUGGUCAAUGAAAUUCUAUGAUUAUAUGAGAAUUGAUAGAGGAGGGAAAGGUGGUACUAUCAUCAAUGUUUCAUCCAUAUACGGAUAUAGAAUUAUGCCUUACAUACCAUUUUACCACGCAUCCAAAUAUGCCGUGAUAGGAUUUUCUAAAUCACUAGGACAUGAAAUGAACUUUAAAAGGUCUGGAGUUUGUAUCGCGACUUUGUGCCCAGGACUUACCUUCUCAAGCAUGACGAGUGAGCCAAGGGUAAAGGAAAAAGAUAUGGAGGAAGAAUUCCUAACUCAUUUACAAAAAGAUUACGAAUGGCAAUAUCCCGAAGCAAUCGGAAAAGGAACCGUUGAAAUUUAUGAAAAAGCUGAAUCUGGUAGCGUCUGGCUCGUAGAAGGUUCGAGACCGGCAGAGAAAAUAAAUGUUUGA